AUGUCGUGCCGGAUUCUCGAGCCCGGUGAGGACUUUUUGGCCCUUGAAGGCAAAGAGUUCAAUGAGAGGAUACGUGGCCCAGACGGUAAAGUCUCACAGGCGAAACUGGACGAAGUCUGGCCACGCCUCCGGGUGUUAGCUCGAGCUCAACCGGCUGAUAAGUACACCUUGGUGAAGGGUAUCAUUGAAAGUAAAGCCACACCUCAGAGGGAAAUUGUCGCUGUAACUGGAGACGGCACCAAUGACGGUCCAGCUCUGAAGAAAGCCGACGUCGGUUUCGCUAUGGGUAUCGCAGGAACCGAUGUAGCUAAAGAGGCUUCAGACAUCAUUCUUACGGACGACAACUUCACUUCAAUCGUUAGGGCUGUUAUGUGGGGUCGUAACGUCUACGAUUCGAUUUCAAAAUUCCUGCAGUUUCAACUCACUGUCAAUGUCGUUGCUGUACUCACUGCAUUUGUCGGAGCUGUCACAGUGUCGGAUUCACCACUGAAGGCUGUCCACAUGCUUUGGAUAAAUUUGAUCAUGGACACAUUAGCAUCUUUAGCUUGUUGGACCAUAUACGGAGAGUGCUGCCUAGUGAAAAGCUGCAUGAACCGAGAAGGUGACCGCAUCUUCGGCAUCAAGUCCGGUCUGUAUGCACCUCUUUUCGCCCCACCUUCUCAACACUUCACUAUCGUCUUCAAUGCAUUCGUCAUGAUGACCCUGUUCAACGAGAUCAACGCCAGAAAGGUUCACGGCGAACGCAACGUUUUCAAGGCAGGUUUCAUGACUGUAGUAAUGAUCGAGUAUUUGCGUGAUUUGGGUGUCGACGUUUAUCGGCCAAAUUCUCAUCACUCAAUUCGGUGCAGCGUGUGGAUCGUCUGCCUUGCACUAGGCGUUUCAACUCUUCUCUGGGGUCAGGUUGUGGCUACGAUUCCAAGUAAGAAACUGCCCAAGACUUGGAAGGUCGGACGUGGAGAGGUGGAACCGUCAAAGAUUCACAUUAAUGGCGACUACAAUGUACGCACUAGAUCGCGUGCGCUGACUGUCCGUCGUUCAGGAAAAUCGUUAUGGAUGAGAGGAAUGUUCCUCAUGGGACAACAUCUCCGUACGAUUCGUGCAUUCCAAAUGCGUGACAGGAACAUCGGCAAAACUGCACCCACGAUGACAGCGGAAGCGGCAGAGCGGUGGCGAUCCAGUUAUCGGAAGUAUCGGCAUCAAAAACACCAUGAGAAAAAAGCGGCAGCGGAACGUGCCGAAACGGAAAGAGCCAAGUUGCCACCUGAUAUGAAAGAAAAAAAGAAGACCUUUAAACAAAUAAAAGCUGUCGUUCGUGGAAGAUCACUCGAGAAACACGAGCAUCAUCAGCAGCACAAGAAAAAACACCAUUCAGUAGAUAUCGACGAUUUAGAGAAAGCGUAG